CGAUAAGGGAGCGAUGUGUUUCAAGUUUUGUACCUCGCAUUGUCUCUGAAAGUAUUCUAACAAUUUCACACGUAUUGUAUUUUCAUAAUACGACCGCCGGCGUGUGUAGAAAACGCUUUGUCUAUAGAGAGGCACGUGAAACUAAACGCGGUCGCUGAUUAAUGGCUACGUAAUAACCUAUUAUGAUACAUUUUAUAUAGCAUUAUUUUGAUGGUUUGGCGCGCGAUAGAAUGCGCUACUGGCUGCGGAAUUCCAACGAGUUUUUGUCACAAGGCACCGCAAAUUAUCCUUUAUUGUUAAAUUUAUUUAAGAAGUCCAGUUGCGAAACUUAUUCCACAGAAAAACGUGUUGCUCUGCUCCAGAUAUCCUUACCUUGCCGGUCUGAACCCAAUCACCUAUCCCUGAAAGUCCUGGAAAUUUUCACACCAACAGAAAUACAAAACUAUCAAAAAAAGUUGUUAUACAGAACCAAUAGAAGUACAGCCAAGAUGAUGUAAGAGGCUGUAAUAUCCUGCGUACACGUAUGUUAAGAAGAUGUCAAUGCAUACACUACUCAUAUGCCUCUUCUACACGUCAACAAAUUCAUCUGCAGAUGCCAUCUUCGGAUGCGUCCGCCGACAAGUUUGCUCGUCUCUGGUAGGUAUUUAACGUCGGCAGAUGGUGCCACCAAACCAUUUUGUUGUUGGUCUUUGUGGCACGCAACAAAGGGUUUCAGCGUGAAUGUCCAAACGACGCAUCAGUAGUAUCGAAAUAGCGAUUGAGAGUGGACGCAUGGUUGCAAUUGUUUUUGUUCGUUUGUUACUCUCGUUCGCCGACAUGGCUUAAAUGAACCCUCGAGAAACUUUUAAAUUCCUUGAGAGUUAUAUUCAAGCAGAAAACUGCUUGUAGAAUUCGAAAAAAAACUAGCAUCCACCUUUUUCAUCUCCAUUUCUUUUUAAUGACUAUGUCGAUGCACCUCAAGUAGUAGUUAAAAGUACUAAAUAAAUAAAUAUUUCCGAUAGCUACGAUCUCAACAACCAUUUUUUUUAUGUCACGAGCAUGCGACUUGUAUGAUAACAUAAACUUAAAUUAGGCAAUAGUGUAUCCUUUUCAUUCUCUAUACGAAAUAAAAAGGAGAGACUGAUGUUAAAAGUUUAAGUUUAGAGAAUCAUACCAGAAGACACCAUUUAGCCGUUUAGCCCAUUAACUUAACAAUCGCUGUAUUUGUCUUAGUCGGUCUCGUACUUGUUCUUUUUUUUAAAGCGAUGAAGGUCUUCGGUUAUCAAAACUCAUGUAAUCAUACCAAGAUUUCACAGUAAAUAACUGAAAGGUGGAGGAUAUUACGUUCCCACACGGGCGUUAAGAAUUUAAGCGAGAAACCGGCCGACUGUACUCUAUCCCUGCCUUUAAACAGGUGGAAGAUAAGCUUGCCAAUUGCCAAACCGUAAAGAAAUUUAACAUAUUUUGAGUUAUAAAAAGAAUUUCAUUAAAGUGUUUUAAUGAAAUGUUGGUACAAGACAUUAGGGCAUAGUGCGCGAGAAGUCGGGUUAUAUAUCAUAUCAUAUCGGGUUUAGACUGAGCGCCAGAAGUCCUGCACUGUUGCAGUGACAAUUCACUCCUCUUCACAGUGUUUUAAAAAAGCUUGUCAACUGGAUAAUCGUAAAAAAAACAGUUUGCUGGCGGGCAACGUGUAAAUGGCUGGUGUCGCAGGAGAAACUACUGCACCAGCUAUCUUCUAUCUCUAUUCCACCAUCACUUAACAUCAGACGGGGUGGAGUCAUUUGUUCGGUUGUUCCAAUAAAAAGCUAGGCUUAAUUUUUUAUUGUUGUUGCAGCCGCAUCGCCGACAUGCUGGAGGUACUAGGCGAGCGCGUCGGUAGCUGGUGCGGUGGCCGCGACGGGCCUUCGCUGCGGCAGAGCGUGCGCCCGCGACGGCGGCACAACGACAUCUACGCGAAACUAGAUGCUGAGUACACGGCAAGAUCUGCGACCCUAUAUCGUAUAAAGGAAGGCCCCGUAGUGCCUGCUCCUCAGCCAAUCACCAGGCCACCAGCAGGCCUCGCGUGUGCCAAGUGUGCGCCUAUCUCAAGGGAGUCAUGGCAGGACCCGAAAGGUGCCGAAACUGGCGCUGUGAUCAAUGUGAUGAAUAUAGGCAAGCAGUCGCUUGCCAACGGGGGCGUUGUGUCGCGCUAUCUUUGCGACCUGACGCAUUGCACCAACCUGCUCAACUACGACUACGAGGACGUGGUGCCUAAGGUCGUAAACGACAACAGUUUCCAGAGUGCCAUAGAGGAGACUACCAGGAAGGAGGUGGACAGAGCUCUGCAAGAGAGCGGCAGUGGGGACGGCGAAGGCGCUUACGCAACUCUGUACAAAACAACGAGGCAGAAGGUGGAGGUGCGCGCUUUGAAAGUGCUGAGCAACAUCAGCUCUGCGAUGUCCAAUGGUGUUCUCAAGUUCGUAGCGUGGCUCUGCCAUAAAGGCAUACGUCGUCUCGCUAAAGGUGGUUGUGCUACUCGCAUCGCCUGCGUGGAUCGCUUAAGGCGCGCUAAAGCUGCCGGCCUGCCUCUCAUAUUUGUGCCUCUGCAUCGGUCGCACUUGGACUACAUCCUGGUGACCUUCGCGUUGUACCUGACUGGACUAAGGCCGCCUCUAGUUGCCGCCGGAGAGAACAUGAGCAUACCGUUGUUUGGAUGGUUUCUACGCGGUUGUGGUGCGUUUUACAUUAGGCGUCGCGUUGACGGCUCUAAUAAGCAUGGCGAUCCCGUGUACAAGGCUGCUUUACGGUCUUACAUACUUCACAGCCUGACCGCUAAGAAUAAUCUGGAGUUCUUCAUAGAAGGCGGACGCACGAGAACUGGGAAACCACAGCCACCAAAAGCCGGCAUCCUUUCCGUGAUAAUGGAUGCUUACCUCGACGGUACGAUCGACGACGCGUUACUAGUGCCAGUCGCUCUGAACUACGACAAACUGGUAGACGGAAACUUUGUGCGCGAACAGUUGGGCAUGCCCAAACAGAUGGAGACCUUCUGGUCGGCGCUCAGGGGCAUCUGGUGGACCCUGAACACGGACCACGGAACCAUCAGGGUGGACUUCAACCAGCCCAUAUCGCUCAAGGAACUAGUGACGUCAUUCAAGAAGUACAACUACUUGAAGGCGCCUAUAGAGAGGCCGCUAGCCGCCAAUAAUAACAGUCUGGGCGUGAACCUGGACCAUCGCAUACUGUACAACAACAGCCACUCGAGUCUGUUCGGCGCUGACGUUAGUACGGAACACAAGAUCAUGGUCGAGGCCAUAGGAAGGCAUCUUGUGUACGACGCUGCGCAAGCGUCGGCGCUGAUGUGCACCAACGUGGUGGCAUACGUGUUAAUGUCGGAGCAACGCACGGGCUGCACCCUGCCGCAGUUGCACGCCAGCGUGCACGCGCGCGGGAGACAGCUAGCGCGCGCCGGCCGCGACCUCGGCUACACCGGCGACGCCACGCACGUCACUGCACACGCGUUGGAAAUGCUUGGACGCGGACUAAUACGCAAGGAGGGUAGCGGAGACAAGACGGUUAUUAAACCGCAGCUUUCUAUAGCGGCGUCUAUAGAACUAUCCUACUAUGCCAACACAGUGGGCACGCACUACGCGGCCAACGCGAUCAUGGCGACCGCAUUGGAGAGCAUACUGCAAUCACCAGACGCGGACCAAGACAUAGUGCGUCACUCGGAUUUGCUCGAAGCCGGCCUUCAGCUCAGCGAGGUGCUCAGCCAGGAGUUAAUCCUCUGUCCGCCCUGUGUGACGGUCAGCGAACGACUGACCGACGCCAUCGACGCCCUAAUCGCAGAUGACGUGCUGGCUAAAAUUGAGGUGAACCCUGGUUUGGAGGAAGAGCGAUGGUCACGUCGGUUUGCGCAACAAUUGGAGGAAGACUUCGACGAAGAAAGGCCGGACCCUACUCUACACAUCAAGUACAGAAUUAACUGGCAUCCCGCUGCGCUGGCGGAAAGGCGGCGUCUCCUACUAACGGUGCGUCCCCUACUAGAGGCUUACGCGGCCACCGCUCGGUGCGUGCGAGACUCUCAACACUCGGCCCUCGUGAAGGAAACACUCGACUCGCUCGCCGAAGACUUCUCGCAAGGAAGACUACCCUACGGUGAGGCCGUAUCAACAGACGCCAUAAGGAAUUGCCACCGGCUGCUGCGCCAAUGGGGCGUAUUGGAAAUGGUCGACGAAGACAAGAGGCGAAGCAUCCGUCUCUGUGCCCCAUACGACAACGAGCAGUCACUCCAAUCGAUCUGCUCCAACAUAUACAAGUUCAACAUGAAGACUGACCUAUUAGAUAUCAAGUGAUCAAGUGACAAUGACAAAAACAGAAAAGUGCUUAUCAGUAUCGUGAUAUUUUAGUUUUAGUGCAAACGCCAGUGAUACUGCGACUACAACAUACAUACAAAACAAAAGUGGGUAAUUGUAUUUUAGACUUUGUCCCGUUCGGUUACGAUUAAAUGUUGAUAAUACACAUCCACAAGUCAGGGGUGCAAUGCAUUUGAUCCAAUUAGUGUUAGGUGCAUAACUUUCGAUGGUAUAAUGGAACAUGAUUCAUUAUUGAAUUGUGAAAAUUUUGUUACAACGAACAAUGGCCAAAUUGUGA